UUGUGCAAGCAUUUUGGAAUUUGUCCGAAUUGUUAGCUGUACUCUUGGUUUAUGUCCAGUUUCACGUUUUGCUUACAUCCCAUCAAUUGCUGCAAUGUUAAUUCAUCCUCAGAAGCUCUUUGAGACUUAGAGUGACACAAGACACAAUCUAAAUCUGUGGAGUUUGACCUUGUGAACCUGUCGCCAUGUCUGAGGCAUCUGCUGUAAGGUUCAGAGUAUUCACACUCAAUUGCUGGGGAAUCCGUUACCUUAGCAAAUGCUGCAGGGAGCGUUAUGAAAUGAUUGCUCAGUUACUGAGUCAGGAGAGGUAUGAUGUCGUCCUGCUGCAAGAGGUGUGGAGUGAACAGGAUUACCACUACUUGAGAAGCAAAUUGACAAGUACCCACCCUUAUUCAGUGUAUUUUAGAAGUGGAGCUAUAGGAAGUGGACUCUGUGUCUUCGCCAGAUACAUAAUAACUGACUCCUUCCUCUACCGCUACUCCCUGAACGGUUACCCUUACAAGUUGCACCAUGGUGACUGGUUUGGCGGGAAAUCUGUCGGCUUAGUUAUUCUGAACAUAAAAGACCUUGUCGUUCACGUCUAUGUCACACACCUUCACGCCGAGUACUGCAGGGAAAAGGAUGAUUACCUCCCCCACCGUUUGCUGCAAGCCUGGGAGCUGGGACAGUUUAUACGGCAUACGGGCAAAACGGCAGAUGUGAUCGUCCUGGGCGGGGAUUUGAACAUGCAUCCAUGCGACUUGGGGAACCGACUCAUUCAGUGCUACACAGGGAUGAAGGAUUCAUUCUUGGAGACUGAGAAAUUUGAGGGCUGUGAAGGUGGAUGUACACUGCUGUCCCAGAAUUGCUUUGCUUCGGUUGGUGACACUCAGUCGUUCCCAUCAGGAAUUCGCAUUGACUACAUCCUCUACAAGGGAUCGGGAGGUUUCACUGUGAAGUGUGAACACCUGAUGACUACAAAUGGGACACCGCCUGGGCGCAACAUGCCGUACUCAGACCACGAAGCUGUGUGCGCGACACUGAAUGUACAGAAAGAUGAGAAUGCUGUCAGUGAGUUGAGGCACAUGGAAGAGGCUGACCCGCAACUUGUGGACAUUCUGAACGAGGCUCGGGCGGAGCUAAAAAUCGGUAUUCACGGGGCGGAGAAGGUGCGCUACUCUUCUGGCAGGAUGGCCAUCCUGGGGUUCAUCCUUCUGCUCCUCGAGGUCGUCAUGGCGAUCAUACCACUUGUCACCACCACACCAGAGAACUCAUUUCCCAAGGUGUCCUUCUACAUUCUGGGCAUGGUGGCCUUUGCAGUGGCUCUACUCGCUGGCAUUCUCUAUGUCUUUCAUACCAUUGAGGUGAAAAUGCUGCAAGGGACAGAGAACCAAAUGAGUAACACCAUCCAGGCUCUGCAGGAGCGACUAGGCCACUGACAGCACUGCAUUAGCACGUUUCAGACCAGUUUGACGGGGAUCUGGUGGGAGUAAUCAGACCUCCCCUUGCACAAUCUAUAGCAAAAGCAGUUCAAUGAUAUUUUGUGAUCUUAAACCUGCAUGUUAACCAUGAGACUUCAUACUGUCAAAUGCAUUCCAGAUGGCUGUACAGAUCCAUAGGGGAAUGGAGGCUAGCAUUUGGGGCAACGUAAUUGUUUCACCAUGCGUCCCCCUCCAUUUUUAUUCGCCAUUUCCAAUUAACUUUCCCUCAAGUAUGAAGACGGUGGUGAGAGUUUCCACUCUGCUCGAACUCAGGUUUUCAUGAGUUCCAGUUUAGAGCAGGAAGAAUCUCUGUGGCCAUGAUGGAAAUCUGUCCACCCCCACCCUCAGCCUUGCUCGCCCAAGAACCCACUUCUCCCUGAAAUGGACCUAGGUCAGGAACUGAAGAAACUGCCUAGUAGUUUCCCUGGCAGCUGGAGUGGUUUACAUUUUAUUGAACUGUCAUAAGAACACUCAACUUUUUCACUAAUGUAGUUUAAGGAAGGCAGUCUGCUGUUCUUGCCCAUUCUUGUCUGCGUGUGACUGCAGUCUCUCAGCAUUGUGGCUGAGUCUUAACAUUCCUCUACACUAACCUGGAGAAACACUCAGUUGCACUGUCUGUUCUCGAAGAGAACAGCAGGAAGGUCCACCCCCACCUUUUUCAGUUUAACCUUUCCAGUUAGACCUUCGUCCUGAGAAUAAUUGGAUAAAAGGUGUUUUCUCGGACUGCUGCACUUCAGCUAAAACAGUGCUGGCUCCAUGAAACCUUUCAGCAAAGUUGGGUUUCCAGAUCUUAAGCUAAUUGUCAGGAAGCUUAGGUGACAGCAUUUAUACCAGGGUUGGGGAUAAGAGAAGAAUGUAAUUCUAUUUUUAAGAGUUUAUUUUCUUGCAGGCAAGGAUUUUAUAUAGCAACUUUCAUUUCUUCUUGCUCAAGAGCAAUUUUCCUGGUCCCUGUUCCACCCUGGAGUUUACCCCUAUUCUUUUUUCAAAAUGGGGGCAUAAGGACAUAUAGAGGAGUACUGAUCCUCCUGUCUCCUGUGAACCGUGUAUAAUUUGUCACUGUUUUGGAGUCUCACAACAGUUUUUAAUCUCCAAAGUAAAUAUUCAAAAGGAAUGAACUUGAAAUAGCUGACCUGAAAAAAUGAUUGGUAAUUGACUGCAAAUCACUCCACUAUAACUCUUUAAUUUUUAUUCCUCUCAUAACACAGUCUCAUUAAAACUGGGCAUUAUUUAAUUUUUAAUUAUAUUUUAACUAAUUUUUAAGAUUUAGUUUUUCUUAAUAAGCUUAAAACAACGUUUAUACAUCAUUUUUAAAUGCAUUAGGAUAAAGCUCCUUUUGUUUAGAGCUAUUCCAAGUUGGGUUAGAAGGAAAUAUCAUCUAUACUCAGUCUUGCUUUAGUCUUUCUAGUUCUGUAUUUAUCUUGUCCUUUCCCCAGUCUUACCUUUUUUUUAAUUAGAUGAACUUUUUACAUUCACUUGAUUCACGCCACC